AUGGACGCCGUGGAACUGCCAACAUCGGAGGAACUCUUGGUGCGCUUCACUGGUUACGACUAUGCCGUGUUCGUCAUCGCACUGGCGCUGUCCGGUGCCAUCGGACUCUACAACGCCAUCAAGGGCAGUCCCGGCGAAACCCUGCCCGAGAUGCUGACGGGCAACAAGGAACUGCCCGUGUGGCCGGUGGGCACGUCCCUCAUGGCAAGCUUCAUCUCCGCCGCCUUCCUGCUGGGCAACGCCACGGAGAUUUACGCCAACGGGACCAUGUACUUCAUGACCGUCAUCUCCUACUUCAUCACCAUCCCCGUCACGGCGCAUCUGUACAUGCCCAUUUUCUACAAUCUUCCCAUCGUCACGGCCUACGAGUACCUGGAAUUAAGGUUCAAUCGCACCUUGAGGAUCAUAGCUGUGAUACUUUACACUAUUCAAAUGGCCCUCUACCUGGCAGUCUCGCUAUACGCUCCAGCACUUGCCCUGUCCAAAGUGAUUGGGAUGCCACUCUGGGCUGCUGUGGCGGUUAUCGGAAUCAUCUGCACAAUUUACACGAGCAUCGGUGGCAUCAAGGCUGUCGUGUUCACAGACACAUUCCAGUGCGUGAUCAUGUUCCUCGCCUUCAUCGUCAUCGUCGCUGUUGGCUUCGAUCAAGUCGGAGGUUUCAACAACGCCUGGGAAAUAACCAAGCAAGGAAUGCGCGUCGAGUUCAAUAACGUCAAAAGUCCCCUGAACGAACGCCACACUCUUUGGGGGCUUGCCAUUGGCGGUUGUUUUACGGCAACUGCGAGCUACGCCACCAACCAAAUGAUGGUCUUGCGCUACUUGACCGUCAAGACCGUUAAAAGAGCAAAGAUUGUCGUUUACCUGAACCUGCCCUACCUGUGCCUCAUCCUGCUUUUGAGUUGUCUGGCUGGGAUCAUGGUUUACGCAAAAUACGCCACCUGUGAUCCCCUCCUAGCCAAACGAAUCGACACUUCUGACCAGGUGCUUCCUUACUUUGUGAUGGACGCUCUUGGUCAUAUCAACGGCGUUCCUGGCGUUUUCGUGGCAGGAAUUUUUAUGGCGUCAUUGAGUUCAGUAUCCUCAGGCGUCAACGCGUUGGCCUCCGUAUUUUACGUUGAUGUUGUCGCCGUUUGCAAGCCAGGAAUCAGCGUAGAGACGGGAUCAAAAAUAAUGAUUGGUUUAGGUGUAUUUUUUGGAAUGCUCUCGAUUGCACUGGUCGCCGUGGCUCAACAACUAGGGAAUGUUCUUGAGGCAACAACAGCCAUCAACAGCAGCAUUGGCGGUCCUCUUCUCGGUCUUUUCACAAUGGGAAUGUUUAUCCCGCACGUCAAUUCAAAGGGAGCGCUGCUUGGCGUGCUGUCGUCGCUUGCCAUCACUCUCUGGAUCAGCAUCGGCUCCAUGACGGCCGCCGUUCCGUACCCCUCUCCACCGGUCUCGAUGGACGGCUGCAUGAGCUUGUACAUGAAUGUCACCAAUACCUCCACCUACAUGCCCCCCGUCAAGGACCUCCGACCUUGGCCAAUUGGUGACGAGCCGCUCAGGGUCUAUGAGCUGUCGUACCUCUGGCAAACGUUAUUGGCCUUCCUCGUUGCCUUCGUUGUUGGGAUUCCCGUCAGCUUCUUGACAACACCAACCAGACCUGAAACUCUUAAUCCGAAGCUAAUCUGUUUCUUCGUCGAUAUCCUGUUUUGGUAUCUGCCGGAGAGGUGGAGGCGGCCAUUCCGGUUCAACGUUGGAAGAGAAUACGUGGAACCUACCCCAAGUAGUGUCCCUGCCAUAUCGAACGGAAAACUUGACAACGACGUCACCGUCAAGAAGGAUCCUGACCUGUUUGGUCCCAACGUGAGCGUGAUUCACAGGCUCACCGAUCAACUCUUCCCAACUCCGGAGUUCCACGGAAUUCAGGGUCUCGGCUAUCAAAGGAAGCGAACAACCGAUGACUACUUCAUUCAUUUAUAG